UAGAACGCCAUCUGAUUGGACGAAAGGGGUGUAGUUGUAAGAUGGCGCCCAGUGAAAUCUGACUGCAAAAUAAAACGGAAAAUAAUAGACGAAAUAGCAAGAAACAAGAAAAAAUCCAAGUCUAAAAGAUCACAGAGACAUCUUGUAUCUCUCAUAUGUACAAGAAAAACGCUGCUACUGGCUUGUGGAGCUGCUUUUCUGGGCGGAUAGAGAGAGUGGAGUUGGUCGGCCUGGGAGAAGAGAGGUAAAGGCGAGGAGGGGAGUGGAGCGUACUAACGCACACCAUCCUAUCCCCUGUAGAAGAGUAGCGUUGGGCUGUGAUGAAUAACAUGGAGGGUUCGGGGGGCUCGUUUGAGGAUCUGGUGAGGCUGAAGGCCCGCAGUGUCCCCCAGCAUCGGAUGAAGGAGUUCCUGGAGUCCCUGGCCAACAAGGGCCCCGAGGCACUGCAAGAGUUCAACCAUCAGGGCGGCGCUGCCGCCACAACCACUACCACCACCACGGUGUACCAGCAGGGAGCCAACUGCAUAUACACAGACAGCACCGAGGUGGCUGGGUCACUGCUGGAACUGGCCUGUCCGCAACAGCAGGUACAGGUGUCCCAGCAGCAGGUGAUGGCAGCAGAGCAGCAGCUCUCACCCCAUAUGACCACAGCCAUGCACCAAGGCCAAGACAUAAUACAGGUGCAGAUUGGGGGGCAACAUCAGGGCCAGGUGGUUGGGGUGGGUGGCCAGGUGCUGCAGCUGCCCUCCUCCUCACAUCAACAGCUACAGGGGGUCACCACAGCCCAGCUAAUACAGUCUGGGGACCUGACGGAAGAACAGCACCAACAGCUGCAGGCCCAGUUGAUGGCAGCGGUGGCUGGUGGUCAACAGAUCCAGAUCCAGACGGUGGGAGCUCUCUCCCCCUCCCAGCAGCAGGGCUCUCCCCGGGGGAACACCAUCCAGACCACCUCCCCCCUCCAGCCAGCCAAGAAGCGUAAGGUGGACAUGCCCAUCACAGUGUCGUACGCCCUGCCUGGUCAGCAGCUGGCCACUGUACUAGCCAUCCCCCAGGGUCAGGGGCAGCAGCAGAGCUACGUAUCUCUGAGGCCAGACGUGUUGACUGUAGAUAGCAGCCACCUGUACAGCGCUACAGGUACCAUCACCAGCCCCACUGGAGAGACCUGGACCAUCCCAGUCUACUCUGCCCCACCAGGGUCACGCGAUCAGGGUGGCGUCACACACAUCGCCAUCCCCCAGGAAGCAUACAGCGCUGUGCAGGUUGGGGGGGGAACUACAACGACAAUGGCACACACUACGCCAACACAAGUUACGAUCGGCUCGGGUCAUGCAGUUUCCACGAUGACUGGGUCGUCGGGGGGUCAUGAAGAAGUGCAAUACCAGACAGUGGCGGCCAACUCUCUGUUCCCGGCCCAGUUCAUGCACGGGAACAUCCACAUCCCUGUGGCGGUGCAGGGGUAUGGCAACACCACCCAGUCGCUCAUCUGGGACCCCCAGCAGCAGGUGCUGCACACACAGGGAGGGGUGCAGGUCCAGGACGCACAGCAACUACAGGGUCAGACCAUGACAGUAGCAGAGAUGGAGGGCCAGGGGCAUACAGAGAUUAUGCUUUCCUGCUCUCUGAAGCCUGAGGAGGGGCUUGACGUGUGGAAGCUCUGGGCCCAGAGGAAGAAUGCCGAGCUGGACAAGGACGAGAUCAACAAACUAGCUCCCAUUGGCCGCCGGCAGGCGCUGAGGUUCCAGGAGGACCUGGUGUCGUGUGCGGUUGCUGAGCUCAGUGUGGGGCUGUCUCACAUGUGCCAGGAGGCCCGAGGGCUGGAGGGAGAGACUUAUGGGGCUGACGUUCUCUACUAUGUCUUCCUCUGCAUACAGAAGUAUCUGGUUGAUAAUGGUCGUGUGGAUGACGUGUUCUCAGACCCGUACUACGGGCGCUUCUCCCAGUGUCUGCAUCGGAUACUUGAGCCAUGGAGGCCAAGCGUCCAUCCACUAGGCCCAGGUUACCUCAUUGCCAGUCAGGUGACGGAGGAGAUGCUGUGGGAGUGUAAACAGCUGGGUGCCCAUUCCCCUGCAACGCUACUGACCACGCUGAUGUUCUUCAACACCAAGUACUUCCAGCUGAAGACGGUGGAGCAGCAUCUGAAGCUCGCCUUCUCCAAAGUCCUGAGACACACCAGGAAGAGCCCCAACAACCCCAAAGACAAGUGCACCAGCAUCCGCUACCUAAAGCCUGUUGGCCAACACCAGAUAGGACAGAAAGUGACAGAUGACAUGUAUGCAGAGCAGUUGGAGCAUCCAGAGAACCCUCUACGCUGCCCCAUCAAGCUCUACGACUUCUACCUCUUCAAAUGUCCACAGAGUGCUAAAGGCCGUAACGACGCCUUCUACCUGAACCCUGAACCCGUGGUGGCGCCCAACAGCCCCCUGUGGUACUCCACCCAGCCAAUCAACAGAGAGCAGAUGGAGCACAUCCUUGCUCGCUGCCUCAUAGUGAGAGAGAUCCAGGAAGCUGUUGCCAACAUACAUUAGCAGGACUGGAGGAGGAGGGGAUUGACCAUUGACUUAGACAUCGCAUCAUUAUGGCGUCGCUGAGAGCACGGGCAGGGCCAUUGAGGCCAUCUCCAUUUUGAAGUAGUACAUUUUCUUCUUCUACUACUUCUAUGAGUUGGCAAACAAACUGAAAGGGUGCAUACUGCCACCCGGAGUGUGCUGUUUGAACAGUAUAAAGCCAAGGUUGGCGAUUUACUGCCACCUGCAGUUAUGGAAUGUUUGUUCACGAGUAGGCCUAUAAUUCAUUGGCCCAUCCCUCCUGACGGCUCAAAUAAUUGAAACUUGACAAAUUAUCCAAUGGAUUAUGAUAAUUUGCUGGUAAAAACAUUAGUUUUCACCCCUUAUUUUAAUUUGCUCCGUGGCAAGGCGGCCAAGUGUAGGGUCGUCACUAGUUAACACAGCCACAAAGUAAUAAAUCCUGUCUGUUUCAACAUUAUCUUAAAAUCUGAUUUUAAACCUGUCACCUUAACCACACUGCUAACCUUAAAUUAAGAUCAAAAAGCUCAUUUUUGUUUUCAUGGAUUUGUACGAUAUAGCCCAUUUUGACUUUGUGGCUGUUUUUAUCUAGUGGAAACUCAAGUGUAGGCUACAGAGAAAAGCUGUUUGGCUCUGACGACUUGAAUAGGAAGAACUUUGCAGCAGGUGUUUCUGCUUAAUAAACAUUGCCAUGCUGGUAGGUGGUAACAUUUCAAUAAAACCCAGCCCUGAAGCAAAA